CCACUUCAUAGUGAACGUAUGUGCCACAUCGUGAGUGGAACAGAAGAGAAGAGCAAAGGACAGACAAGAGAUACACAAUGUCAGUUCCUGGUGAAUUUCUGUCAGAGAAGCAGUUUACCUGUUCUAUUUGCUUAGAUGUCUUCACCAAUCCUGUCUCCAUACCCUGCGGCCACAGCUUCUGCUCAUCAUGCAUCACGUCCUAUUGGGAGGGUCAGGGGAAAAGCUGCUUCUGUCCUAUGUGCAAGGAAAGCUUCCGCAAGCGUCCUGAGCUCCACAUCAAUCACACGCUCAAAGAGAUCACAGAGAAGUUUAAACGGAUGGCGGACACUACGAUGAGCGCACCUGCAGAUUCACCAUCCAACUCUCUUUCUGCAGUGAACCCUUUAGCGCAGAACAGACCGGUAGAGCUGCCCAGAGGCCUCCUACCAGAAAUGAGAACCCGCUUCCAAAGUACAUCAUCCACCCAUGAUGCUCAUUCUCUCCCUCCUGCCAAGACACCUAAGCAAAACUUAAGUGUGAGUGGAACAGGUUCCAAUGGGCCACAGUGUCCCAUACAUGGGCAUAGUUUGGAGCUACUCUGCAGGACUGACCAGACAUGCAUUUGUAUAACAUGUGCAGAGAAGGAACAUUAUGGGCAUUCUGUGAUAGAUGCCAAAAGAGAGAUGAAUAUUAAGAAGUCCCAGUUGCGCAUCUUGGAGGUGGAGGUACAAGGAUUGAUUACAGUCAGAGAGAGGAAGAUAGAGGAGAUCCAAACAUCACUUGCAGAAAUUCAAGUAAAAGCAGACCAAGAGAAAGCAGGUACUGUGAGUAUGUUUGCUGAGUUAAUGAAAGCUGUUGAGAAGUCCCAGGCUGAACUUCUGGAGGUGGUGGAGAUGGGACAGCGUGCUGCAGAACUUCGCUCUCAGGCCUUCAUACGUGACCUGCAGAUGGAGAUCUCUGAACUUAGAAAUAGAUUUAGCAACAUCAAUCAGUUGGCCCAGUCCAAAGAUCAUGUUUCCUUCUUCAAGACAUAUCCAGCCUACAGUACUUUACCUGAGACAAAGAGCUGGGCAGAAGUGGUCUUGACCCCUGACCCCAGUGCAGGAGUAGUGCUGAGAAAUGUCACUCAGAUGGCGGAGGAGGUUCAGGAAGCAUUAAGAAAACUAUCUGCGAUCUGUUUGCGCCCUUCCACAGGAAACCCACAGGAAAUAUAUCAACAAAAAGUAUGGAAAGUGCAGGAAUAUGCAAUGGAUGUGACCCUAGAUCGAGACUCAGCCCAUCCGCGUCUGAUUAUCUCUGAUGAUGGUAAACAGGUGCACUGCAGUGACCGCUACCAGACGGUGCCAGACACAAUUGAACGGUUUGACCGUGUUGUGUGUGUACUUGGCCACCAAGGUAUUAGCUCUGGCUGCCAUUACUGGGAGGUUGUUGUGGGUGAGAAGACGGACUGGGAUUUGGGCAUUGCUAGGUGCUCCAUCGGCAGGAAAGGAAAAAUAGUUGCAAACCCAGCUAAUGGAUUUUGGUUUCUAAGUCUACGAGACAAGCAUGAAUAUGUCUUCCGCACAGAACCAUCAAUGCCUAUAGUUGUAAACCCAAAACCACAGCACAUUGGCGUGUAUGUGGACUAUGAAAAAGGUCAAUUGUCCUUUUAUAAUGCAGAUACAAAGUCACUGAUAUUUACCUUCACAGACUCCUUUGCAGAGACUUUAUAUCCUUUUUUCAGCCCAUGCACAAACAAAUCUGGCAAAAAUGAGGCCCCGCUUAUCAUAUGUCCUGCCUAUCCAGCGAACCCAAGCUGGUAUACUGAAAAAUGAAAUAAUACUGGGAUAGAACCAAAAAUAAAGCUCACAGGGUUUGUUUACUUUAUUAUUUAAUUCCAAAGGAUGAAAAGUAAUAUGGUUUUAAAUACAAUCUAUGAGAUCAUUCAUUGGCUAGAUGUUUUUUUAUAUAUAUAUUCAACAAAACAUAAACAGCUAAUCCUUAUAGACUAUACCUUAUAGAAUAUAUUAUGAUAUACCUAAAACAAUAAGACUUAUAAAGGGGAAAUUAUUUGCAAGGUUUGAAAGUUGGGAUUUAAUUUGACACUGAACACAAGAUUGGAUGGUGAUGGAGAUCUGAUUGUAAAACAAAUAACCUCUCAUUAGUAUUAAGCUUGACCAAGCAUAAAAAUGUAUAAUGUUCAAAUAUGUGUUCUGUACAUUAUAGUAAAACAAAAAUAAAUGUGAAUACAAAAUACUGAGUCCAUAUUAUGAGAUUAUGGUCCUUUAAGUCAAACCAGAGACCAAAAGGUCUUUAAAAGAAUUUGCACUGCAACUUUUGUAAGUUAGGCACUAGGGAGUAACUGUUGCUUUAAAGGUACA